AUGGUAGGGUAUAAGUAUAAUAAUAUAUAUGUGGUUGUACAAUUAUAUUCUUAUGAAAUUCAAUUAAAACAUUUACCACAACAUUUGAAUGGAUUACAUAUCAUUGGAACUAUAAAUAUACCCAAUCCAAAUUAUGAAUUACAAUUAUCAAUAAAAGAUAAGUUACCAUAUUUCCUUACCGAAACUAAGGAUUCAUUUAUUAUCGUCUUUGAACCUCCAAAUUUCAGGAAUUUGGAAUAUUUUUCAAUCGAUGCUAUUCUCCUUCAAUCUACUGGUAAGGAAUCAGUCAAUCCUAAGAAGAAGGAAUUAAUAGAAAAGUUGGAAAUAGUAGAGCCAUUAGCUGGAAAGAAAUCAGAUCCAUCAUCUAGUUUUAUAUCUGAUGAUGUGAUAUUGGAAAAGAUUAAUUUAGUACUUAAGGAUAGAUUAGAUUUAAAAGUAUGGAAUAAAGAACCAGGAGAUAUUGUUAAUGUAUCGAAAUACUUUAAUUCUAUAAUGCAUUCCUGUUUAGGGCCCAUCAUUUUCUUAGUCAAAUCACUUCAAACUAUAAUCAUAUUCUUUAUAAAACUAAUUAAUUAUGAGAUUUAUUCAUACAGUUUAGUAACGAUUUCUCAAGUAUUUCGACAACUUGAUCUUCGAUUACAACAAUUAAAUUAUUUCCCUAUUCAAUUCUUAUGUUAUCAAAACAAGAAUUUAUUAUAUGGAGAAUCAAAAUUAUUAUAUGAAUUAAAAUUACCAAUUUUUAAUGCUAAUUUAAAUAUUAAUAAUUCCAAUUAUAUUAAUUUAUUUAAUUCACUUUGGUUAAUAUUUAAUGAUAUAGUAUUUGGAAUAACUAUGUAUAAACUUAUAUUUGAGAAUUAUGAUAUAAUACUUCGAACAUUAAAUGAAGAUUUUAUAAAGAAAUAUUUAUUUUCAGAAGUUUUAGAUAUAAUAUCUUGGAUAUCAGUUAAUCAUCCAGCCGGAUUUAAAUUAAAUAUAGAAUUAGGACAAUUUAUGGGAGAUUUAUUUGGAUGGACUUUAAAAUUCUGGAAAUUUUUAGUUUAUGAUGCUAUUCAAAAUCUUUCCCCCAGAUUUAGACAUCAAUUAUUCUAUAUAAUUAAUUUAUUACUUAAGAUUCUAUGUUAUACAGGAGGAUUAUCGUUUUUAUUAGGAUUUUUUAUGGAUAUGAUUAAUAUACUUACAAUUCAUAUUUAUUGUUUUUAUUAUACAUCUACUAAGAUAUAUAAAAGACAAUUAGAUAUUAUAAAAUCAUUAUUUCAAUUAUUUAGAGGUAAAAAGUAUAAUGUUUUAAGAAAUAGAAUUGAUAAUUUAAAUAAUUAUGAAGAUGAUGUUUCAAGUUUUGAAAUAGAUCAAUUCUUACUUGGAACUUUAUUAUUUAUGAUAUUAAUUUUAUUAUUACCAACAGUAUUUGCAUUUUAUCUUAUGUUUUUUACUAUACAAUUAUGUGUAUUAAUCCUGAAAAAUUUCCUUGAAAAUGUUCAAAUAUUAGCUAAUUUUACGCCUAUGUUUGUAUUAUUAUUAAAAUUAAAGAAUUCUAAUCGAUUACAAGGAGGUAUAACUUUUAAAUUUCUUGAAAUUAAGAAUUAUACAUGUUAUUUAAAGUUAUCAAAUCUUUCAUUAUCUUAUGGAGAAAUUCUUGUUAAUUUUAUAAAACUAUUCACAGAUUCAAAAACUUUUAGAGAUUCAUUAAUUCAAUUCUUCUUACAGGGAGAAUUGAUCUCUAUAAAGCAUAAUUAUGUUAUGAAAUUUCAUUAUUUGAUGCUUCCAGAAGUUUAUGAUAAGACUGUUAAUAUUUGGCAGUAUCUAUAA